ACUUAGUUUCUUCAGAUAAAGUGCCAUUUCAAUUCCAAGAAAACAUUUGUCAUUCAAAAUCCCACUACCAAGUUCAAGUUCUUCAUCACAUACUUUUGCCUACAAUAAAUUCUACCAAGUAAAGUUUCAUUCAUUUUACCGCACCUGUUUAUUAGAUAUUUAAUCCCAAAUUAUUUAUAUUUGUAAAUAUAAUUCAAGGGUGGAUCCAGCAAAAAACCUGAUCGAGUUACCUUGAGGCCAAGGCUGGGGCCUUUCAGAUGAUGAGAUUGAUGGUUUAUGAUUGUGCCUAAAGCAUUUUGGUACCAUUGGGGAGGGGGGUUCUAUCCACUUACUCAAUCUGGAUUUUAGAUUUCUUUCUGAACAGAAACAGUGCCUCUGAAAUUUUUCGCAACCCCCUUCCCUUUCUCAAUGCCCUUUUGUUUGUUUUGGAUGCCACAGCAAAGUUUUACCCAUCUGUUUUGUUCACAUUUCAGGUGCAUUGUGGCUGGGGGGUAUGGGGCGGUGGUCCCCUCUUUUUUCAAAUUUUGACGAUUUUUGGAAAAAACAUUGUUGUGUCAGAAAUUUCUAAAACUUGAGCUGUUUGUGAAAAGGAGAAGUGAAACAAACCUUUUAGUGACAUGUUGUAAUCAGAUGAAAAAGAAUGGCAAAGAAAAUACUAAUGAACCAAAUUGAACAGGAUAGAGACAGAUGUUGGUACAGCAAACUCAGAGAACAAAUGUGAAAGUAUGAUCUAAUAGAAGAAAUAGAAGACAUAAGACAUAAACAAAUAACUAAGGAAAAGAUACAGAAAUAUGUUUACAAAGAAUACAAAAUUGAAAGCAAAAAUAUGACAAAAUUAAGAUUUUUACAUAAAAACCAAGUCAAAAGGAAACAAUAUAUGGAAAUAUGCACAACAAGGAAAGCAGAGGAUAUGAUAAAAAUAUGCCUUAAUAUUGAGGCAUUCCAUUGUACUUACAAAGGAAGAGACAAAGAAAUUAAAUGUCCAUUAUUCAAAGAAAAACAAGACACAACAGAACAUGCAUUUGAAUGCAAAAUAAUUGAAAACAUCUUGAAAACAAAAGAAAUUGAUGCCUGCAGAUAUAGAAAGUGAGCAAAUUGAUGUAAUAAAAGUUAGUAAGUUUGUAAAAGAAGCAAUGGAAAUUAGAGAACAGAUAUCAAAGAACUAGAAAAAACCAAGGUCAAAUUAGCUUGCACUAUCAAAUGAAAUGAUAGUGCCCGUUGAGACAAAGUGGCUCAAAUAGAAUCACACAAGAAUCUCACUAGACAUAAAUUACUAAAGUACUCACCAUAUUAUCUAAGGGCAAUUCACUUUUGUAAAAAGAAUACUAGAUUUCCACAGAAACAAUGAGAAUUCUCAGGAUGUACAGAUUUUCUAUCAUAGAGUGAUUUGCUGUUUGGAUUUUUCUGUUGAAAUCCAAAUCUCAAAGGCCUAAAUUUGGCUAUGAAGCUGUACAAUAUUGGUCAUAAAUUACAUCUUUGUUUGAUAUUGAAGAUUAGAGGACAAUACCAAUUUUGUGCCUGUCACCAGAUUUGAAAGUUUAUGCAGUUAUGUUGCAGGUAAAGCAAGGAAGAAGUUGAACAAGGGGCUGGGGGUCAUGGCCUGUUGAUAAAAAAACCAUGCUGAGCCGAAUUCCAUUUAGUAAAACCAUGUUAACAAAAAUUUUGCCACAACAGGACUGAGGUGGCGGGUGUAAAAGAAAACUUUCUUCAUUUCACUGGCCCCUCCAGUUUAGAACACUCUCUGCUGGUGGAUAUUCAUUUCAGAAAUAAGAUUUUGUUAUGAAAGUUUGCUCCAAAGAAUGCAGUUUCUUGUGAAAUUGAAGCUUUAAGAUAAUAAAAAAAUAUUUCCUUUGGCAGCAACUAUGGUGCCUUUCUGCGCCAACCCCCCCCCCCCUCGCCCCUUAUACCUACAUGAAAUGCUUCUAUUUGAUUAAAUUAAAUCAAAGAAAAUUUGUCAGAAAAUUUUUUUUUCUUGCCCCCUCUAGAAUUCAAUCACCAUGACGCCCCUGUUGCCUUUCAAUGUCAAAAAUAGGAUCACUUUCAAAUCGAUUGUUUUUGCCUCCGUUACACAGGGUAUCAUACCGUAUGCCUCCAUAGACACCAGCCAUUUCAUCAAAAUAUGGUGUAAUUGUUCUGCCCAAGCAUAGACUUUCAGGCUUCGGAUGUACACAAGAACGAUGAAAGGAUGGAAGUAGAGAACAUUCCUGGCUCCAAAAUGAAAAGAAAGUCAAAUCUCCCGAAUGAAAGUGAUCUGAAGAAGCAAAAGUUGAUGCAAGAAUAGAAAAGAUCAUGGCUAGUGUCUCUAAAGAGAGUUUCUAAAGAGCCCAUCUGCUGCUGUUGUUCAGUAGAUAUUGUCCACUUCUAUGCAGUAAUCCAUAACUAGCUUUUAGUGUAUAUAGAUAAACACACACCCACAACUUAGCACCGGAUUCACUGUGAAAUAGUUGAUACAUUUGUUGUAAAUAUUGUAACUUUUUAUGAAAAAUGAAAAUACAUGUUUUUUAAAAGAUGUUUUGAAAUUUUGUUCCUCGUUUUGUACCUGAAAUUUUGAAAGUUUGUAUCAGUUUGUCAGAGCCACAGACAUUGCCUAUUUUAAGUAUAUUCAUGUAAGAUAUUGGGACUUUAAUAGAACUGAGUUUUCUUUUAUAAAAACUGUAAAAAAAUCUCUAUAGACUGGCAUGGCACUCCAUACUUUAAUCCAAAAGUAUCUAAAAGUAUUUGUUGUUUAGCUGGCACUCUUCAUCCCCCAAAAUGACGAAAUCGUCUAUAGCUGAGUAUAAACUGUUGAAAAAGCUAAUCAGAUACCCUCGUUUCCUAUUGGUUAAGUAACAUAGUGCACAUACUUCCUAUUGGUUGAUCUUGGUAGAAGCUUUUCUGCCAGCCAGUCCUUGAUUUUUUAAUACGUUCUUGAUAAAACCAGUCUUUUAAAGGUAGUCUGUCAUGCCUAGCAUAGAAGAGAAUUUCUUUUUCACCGAGUUUUUGUUACGAAACGAAGGAGGUCUCUCACUCACUUUUGAUCAGUUAUACUAUUUUUAUAUUCUUCUCUGAUCUCCAGGAAACUCAACAUUCAACAAAAAUAGGUAGUGAACAGCGCGACACACUGCCUUAAAACUAUACUGUCGAAGGCUUUUUGUAGCUUUGCCAUGAGAAGAAACACAAGCUAAAUUAUUUGCCAUUGAACUUGGGCUGUCCUAUCUGUAAUAUACAGAUAGUUGAUUGCUGGACACUUCACACUGAGAUAUAAAUGCUAUGAUUGGUAAAAUUUUGAGUCUAGAAUGAAGAGACUAUACCAGCAAAAUAUGCAAUCGAGUUUUAUAGGGCUUUCUUAGUAUAGCCCAUUUUGAAGACCAAUCUCUUUUCCGAUUUUUCUCCAGUAUCUUUAAAAUUUGUAGGUAUUUUCUCUUUUAAAACUCAUAACGCAUUUUGUGUUUCACGACUUCUUUAGACAACCUUUUGGCUGUAACUUCGAAGGUAGCUCAAUUGAUCGACACUAAAAUUUUGAUAAUGGCCUUGAUAAAGACCCAGGAUUUUUCAGGGAAAAUAUCCCUGUUGGUCCGUGAGAAUCCUGAAGGAAAACAGCUGAUCUUAAAAAGUUAAGACCGUUCGCUAAAUGAGGUCGAUGUACAAGCUAAAUCCUUUUCGUGAAACACUUCAUAAGUUUCAUGAAUAUUGAUAAAUUUUCCCACAUUUUGUUGAGUUUCAACAGCAUGUCUGGCUAAAAUUGCAAAGUUUUGCACACAACGGAAUUACAUCUUGGUCAAAGGCGAUUACAGAACAGCUCAUUUCAGCUGCACUAAUAAUGGCUUGGUGAUUUCUGAAAGAUUCUCCUAGUUGGAUUGCUGUGAUUUUGUGAAAUUUCUUAUUUUUGGCAAUAGAUAACCUACCGAACCUUAAGAUUAUUCAACAUAACCAUUAACUUGUAAGAACAAGAUGAUGAAAACGGAAGAAUCGCCAUUUCAAGCAUUCAAAUAUGCAGAUCGUAAAAGUGAAUAUGGAAAGUGUUCAACUGCUUCCAAUCGUGUUGAUCCAGAAUCUGACACAGAUGAAGAGGAAGUAGACAAGAUAAGGACUGGAAUGAACGUUGCUAUUACUGGAGAGUAUUUACAAAUUGCCAAACUCAUAAAGUAUGCAAAGCGUGGCAACCAAACAGCGACUGUUCUUGCACUUGUGGCUUUAAACGACCAUGACAUGAAAAAACCUUCCGUCCAAGCAAGCUUGAUUCACCUUGACGGUGUCAACCUUCUCGUCAACCUCCUACGCACCGAUGAUUCCAGAUCAAAGAUCGCUGCACUGAAAAUUCUGCGCGCAACUGCAGCAAAUAAGCUUGUUGCAGAGGUCAUUAUUCGAUUGUCAGGUGUAGAGAUUCUGGUCGACCUUUUGAGUAACAGCAGCGACAACGUUGUUGCAAUGUCAGCUGAUAUAAUUAGUGAUAUUGCAGCAUCGAGAAGGGCCAGAAAAUUGCUACAAGCUAACGGUGGCUUGAUAACCUUGCUGAAAAAUUUGAAGCUUCCAGAACUAGAGCAAGAGAUUGAUAUAAGCAGACAAAAUUCGAGAAUGAGUUCCAGGUUAUCUGGAAAACGCUCAAGCAAAAGCCAUAUGUUACAACACGCUGCUUUGGAUGUCCCGUUGGAGGUUGUCCGUGCGUCUGCUAGCGCAGUGUGGAAUUGCUGUAGGAGUCCAGCAAACAGAAAAGUUGUUACUUCGUCAGAUAUUCUGCCAUUUUUAAUUCGCCUCCUAGAAAAGACCACAGAUGAAACUAUUCAUAUGCCUGUUAUUGGUAUAAUCCACUCCUGUGCUGUUGAUACAACAUUCAAGAAAUACAUGCUAUCAGCUGGUCUUCUCUACCACGUGGUGCGUGCAAUGAAAAGCGAUCGAAGGCAGUUCCAAAUUCUUGCGCUGAAAGCUUACUCUGUUUGUGGAGAUGAAAUUGAAGCCAGGGACCAAAUAAGGGAACUGAAUGGCCUCGGUUUAAUGCAUGGUAUGUUGCUGAAUGGGCGGAAUGGAGAUACCGAUAUGCUGAUUGCAGCAACGGAAGCUGUGUGGAAGUCUAUUACUGAUAACCAUGAAAAUGUCAAUUGGUUUAAAAGGCAUUCAAUCGUGAACGACCUGUCCGAGUUGCUUAAGAGUAACAACAGUGAGGUUAUUGUCAAUUCACUCGGCAUCGUUACAGAAUUUUCUUAUCCAGAUUUAGAGAACAGGAAGCUACUCCUUGAAAACAAUGUAAUUCAACUAGUGAUCGGCCAUCUUGAAACAACUGAUUGCCAAAUAAUAAUGGCUGCUUCUAGAGCAGCAAAGGCAGUUUCACAGGAAACAGAGAGUCGAAGAACAAUAAUCGGUGAUGAAGGGUUUCGUUUCUUGUGGUCUCACCUGAAAUCAAGAAACGAAAAUGUUGUUUCCACCGUUUUAGACGCAAUUUACGAUAUAGUUCAAGAUCCAGAGGAGACUGCAACAACUGUGAGGUCGUUUCUUGGUGGUAUCGAAAUUCUCAUAACGCUAAUGAAGUCAAAAAAUAUAGAGAUCAGAAAUUCAGCUUGCAAGGUUGUAUCACGAAUUGAAUGUGAUGAAGAAAAUCUCGAAGUCCUUGAUGAUUACGAGCUUUCAUCAAUCAUUAUUGACUUGUGUGACACGGCCGAUGAUGAACUGCGAAAGGCAUUGUGCGGCUGUAUUGUUAGCUACGCAAUUCAUGAUGAGUAUAGACAAAAGCUGAGAGAGACAAUUCCCUAUUUGGGUGAAUGGCUCACAUCUUCUGAUUUUGACGUAAAGAAGCUUACUACAACUGCCUUAUUCAAACUAUCAUGUAAUCGAGACAACAGUUUGCUUAUCUAUGAAAAAGGAGCUGUUAAGCAUCUGGUAGCUCUUAUCACUUGCGAUGAUCAAAGCCUACAGGAAUCAGCUGCAGAGUGUGUCAGAAACAUUCGACUGACAACUGUACGAGCUGUGGAAAAUCAUUUCCGAUGACAUUUAAUAAGACUGUUUAGAAUAAAAAACACGUGUGAAUUUGAUAGAUAAAUAAACGUUGCAUUUAUCAACGAUUUUUCUGCAUUGUAGCAGCUUGUGAAACUAUUCCUUAGUUGAAAAGCUUCCAAUUUACAUAAUUAAAAGAGAACUUCCUUCUUUGUGAUAUGAUCUUAGCUAACUUGUCGAAGCUAAUGUAUAUAUCAUUAGUUUGUUGUUUCCUUUUCUUUGAAUCUUUGUUUCUUCCUUUGAGUCUUUGUUAGGGUUCUUUGUUUUUAGACCCUUAAAGGGCUGUAUCCAGCUACUUUGAAUUGAUAGUGGAUUAGCCUCGUUUAACACUGACUGAUCACUUGCCCUGCAAAUGAGAUCUUGGUGUUAGGAUGCGAUGCUUCGUCCACUCUGUGGUAGAUUGAUUUGUUCUUUUAGAAUUUUUGCAAGGGUGUAGCUUUUGAUUAAUUAAAGGUUGCAACACUCAAAUCAGUGAUUUUUUCUUUGAGUCUAAUGAACAAAGUACAUAGAGGUUUUGUGUUUUAUCUUCAAACUUCUGAGCAGAGUCCAGAAAAAUUGUUAACCUUCCUCCAGACAAAGACAUCUUAGAAUACAAACCUUCCUCACAAAACAAUAUCGUGGACCUUCUUCCGCUCAGUGGCCGUGCGACCGUAAUGUUUUCCUGGCUCUGCUUCUAGACUCUUGAAUGUCAAGCAGGCCACAAUCUUGAACGGUAAAUCACUUUGAAACUGGCAUUGUAAAUCACUAUUUUUUUUCCAGAACGAUGAUGAAAACUAACAUUUGUACUUUUUGUAGACAUAUUGUAUCAAACAUGUCGAUACUCGUUUAGAGUGAGUUUUCAUCAAUUAAUUUUAGGAAUGAUUCAAAUCAAGAUAAUAUCAUAGAUUCAACUUUAUUUUCUUUGUUGCGAAACAAGAUUUCAUCUCAUAUGGAUCGCCAAGCCUGAUUCCCACAAAAUACCUUAUUGAAUGAAAUCAUUCUGAUCAAAAGACAAAAGGUACUGUGCAUCAUUUACGAUUACUACCUUGAUAAUUGCUUCAGAAUUGAUUAAGUUUAUGGUUUAUUUUAUAGCAACUCAUUAAAGGCAUGGAAAUUUGAACUGGAAUUGAACUCAGUCUUGCUAAUAUACAUUCAACGCGUGAGAUUUGCCUCGUUUACCGUGACCUUUGACAUCACCUGAACGCAACUUUCCUGACGUAUAAACUAUGUAGAUGAUAAAAUAGGUGUGAUAAGAGAUUUUUUGCGUGUUUGGAAUUAAGAUUAAUCGUGUUUUCUGCUUUUGUAGACCGGUUCUGUCUGAAAAUUUUGCCAACCCUCACCGUUCUAUUCAAUGUGGCUUUUCGGUAAAUUUUGGGCACUUCAAUGCUGACCAGGCGAAGAAAGACACCACUUUAAAAAUCACGAAUAGUUUCGUGAUAGUUUUUAUAUUUCAGGUUCUCAACCAAUAUCUAAUCCAAACUAAGCUUGUAUCUUUUCACUGAUCAUUAGCCCAAUGAAUACUGUUCUGCACUGCAACGACACUGCUCUGCUCAGUUGGCAAUCAGCUCACUGAGGUUUAAAAUCUUGACAGUUAAAUAUCUUAGACGAGUAGAUUUAUAAAAUGUGGUAUUGUUUUCGAGAAUUGAGGUCAUUUUUGUUAUUUAAAGCAGUCUUCAUGUAUUAGUCAACAUUUUAGUUUGGUUUGGUCUGAAACUAGUCGCGUCAGUACUUAUUAAAGCAGUAUAAAUUAUCAACCACUGAAUAUAUACUUUUUCAUUUCAAAAAAGGUUUUUAUUUUGCUAUACUUCCAGUCAAUCUUUGUCUCUUCUAUUAUGCCCUUGUGACCUAAUGAAACUCAUGAGAUAAAUUCGUUUUAUGAUUUUAUUCUUUCAAUUUGAAAAAUUUUUGUGUUCAAUCCCUCCCUCUAUACCUUUCAAAACCUCUAUUGCCACUUUCUAUUAACAUAACUUAGAAAUUUCUCGUCCAAAAAAUUACAAGUGACAAAUUUACAUUAUUCAACCUUCACUACAAUAAGCUCGGUUGGAAAAACCUAAUUAUCCACAGCAAACAAUGCUAGCCACACAUCAUACCAAACAGGUACAUAAAAAAAGAUUCAAACUUCCAUAACGAAUCUUUAGCAGCUCUUUUUAUCCUAGAUCAAUUGU